AUGGAUGAAUUUUUUAGAGAUGGUUCAGAUGAUGAAAGUCAUCAGAGAUUUACGGAUUCACCGGAGUUUGAAUCCCUGAAGGAUAACAUAGCUUCACUUUUAUUCGAGAUUAAUGGUCAAAUAAGUACACUUCAACAGUUCAUUUCCACGCUUCAUUCACUGCUGGAAAGGAAUGUGGCAAAUACCAAAGUAGUUGAGAACAUUGAUAGGAAAUCUAUUCAAAAUAUUCGUAAAGUAGGUGGAUUAAUCAAGCAGUUGAACGAACUGGUUGUCAAAGUGGAUUCUAUUGGUGAAAAUGAAUUGGAUAAGACCCAGAUAAUUGCUCGAGAGAAAUUGGUUAGAGAUUCUAAAUAUUCUUUACAGGAGUUUCAAUCAACACAACGACAGUACGCAAAUGUAAUGAAAGAUAUUAAUAGCCGUGCCAAAGUGGCACUUGAUCAAGAGGAGGAGGAACAAAGACAUAGAAAUGAAGUAGCUUUGCAGCAGCAGCAACGACAGGGACCCCGUAAUGUACAAAUGGUUGUUGAAAGGGAACCCAUUAAUAACGAAGAGUUUGCAUACCAACAGAAUUUAAUACGUGAAAGGGAUCAAGAGAUUUCGAAUAUUGAAAAUGGUAUAGUUGAAUUGAAUGAAAUAUUUAAAGAUUUAGGUGCUGUGGUUCAACAACAGGGUCUUCUAGUAGAUAAUAUUGAAGCCAAUAUUUACACGACAGCAGACAAUACCCAACAGGCCGCUAGAGAAUUAGACAAAGCCGUAAAAUCUCAAAAACAUUCGAGUAAAUGGUGUCUAUACUUGCUGAUUGCACUUUCAUGCAUGCUAUUCAUGUUGCUUCUAAUUGUUUUUGUUUGA